CCUUCGCUGAUGUUCGCUGAUGUUCGUUGAUGUUCUUUUUGAGAAUCAUUGAUCUAACUUAGAUUACAUAUUUGCCUUCCAACGGACCUUGAAAGCCUGUUUCCUUCCUUCUCCCGGCGUAGACACAAACCCGACAACCGUAGAGUAACCUACCUAUGUCCAAUGUACACUCGUGAUGCCGGCCGAAGGCGCAAUCCUUCAUGGUGGGGUGAUUGACGAUCGUGGACUUACAUACCUAAGCUAUAUACACACAUACCUACAUACCUAAAUGCACACCUGUGAUUACGACUUACCUAAAAUAACGGUGACUUUCUCUAUCAUCGGCAGGUCGAGCGAUUGGCGAUAAGUAGGUGCUCACAAUCCUUUGUACGUCAUACAUGUAGGCACAUACACAUACCUACCUAGUAAAUCGAGAUAGAAGAGCGGUCGGUGUUCAAUCCGAGUAUCCAUUUGCUAGUUAGGCCAGCAAGGAUUGUAGCAUGUCCCUCUUGGCAGGUUAGGGGUUUCGUGGUGAUGAGCGUUGAAAAAAUAUGAAAGAGAUGAGAAGUGUCACUUUUCAUAUUGACAUACUAUCUCCAACAUCAUCAUCAACAACACCUACAUACUUAUUCACCUUUGUCACGAGCGGCUUACUGAUAACUUUAAAUAUCCUUUGUCUCAGAUUUCUAGCCGUUCGGGAGAGCAGAUGGCAUCAAGCUUCCUGCAGUAUGGGUAGGACAGCUAUCUAUGUAAUGUAUGUAUGUACCUACAACCUGGGCAAUGUAGGUACCUACAUAUACCUACAUGCCUAUGUCGUAACAACAGUGUUGCAUUCCCAUCAGGCCAGCUUCGGACGUUAAUGAUUCCCUCCCGGACGCUGGUGCAAAGCGAAGCUCGUGAUCCUUGUUAUGGACAUUACGCUGCUACUACGCCGUACUGCUGCCCUUCCCUGCCCUGUCUUCUACAUAGUAUUCCAAUGCUCCCCUUCGAGUUUUAAGAAAAAUCCCUGUUCAACGCAAAACCCGUUAGCCGCGAAUGUCGAAAUCCCCGGUUCCGUAAAAAAAAAAAAAAUAGUUACGAACGAAACCUAGAACGCAACGGACAAGCCCAUUAUCAUUUCAUCGUCAGAUCAAUGGAUCAUUCCAAACCCCUCCCCUCCCUCCUCCUCCUCCUCCCCAUUCGUAUUUCCCCAGUCGGAAUCC